CGCUCUUACCGCGAAUAUUCGUCUAAAUGUCUUCCGCCGACGAAGACGGCCACGAAAAUGAGCAGUUUGCGAAGAAGAGGAGGGUGCAGAGGGCAUGCGACGUCUGCAGGCGCAAGAAAAUUCGAUGCGACGGAGCACAGGUGUCCGGCAAUCGCUGCACCAACUGCGCAACUUACAAUAUAGAGUGCACGUAUGUGGAGGCAGCAAAGAAACGGGGACCUCCGAAAGGGUACGUCGAGAGUCUGGAGAAUAGGUUGGAGAAACUAGAGAAGCUGCUGGGCAAGAUUGCCCCAGAGGCCGACUUGAAGGAGCUAGGCGUCCAGCCCGACCGCGAGAGCUGGUACCGCGACCGCGCGCAAGGCGAGUCCUCCCAAUCCAUGUUCAAGUCGCAGUCCUCGCCGGUGAGCGCGACGCCGCCGCGUUCGGACGACCUAGACCCGAGUGACGACGAGUACCUGCACACGACGCUCACGGAGAACCUGCGCAAGCUCACCGUCGACCCGAACCACCAUCGCUUCUUCGGCAAGUCGAGCGGGAUCAUGUUCAUCCAGACCGCGAUCGACUUGAAGAACGAGUACGCGGGGGACGAGAAGCCGAGCAUCAUAGACGAGUCCUACCUGGGGAGCAAGAGGCCCGAGUUCUGGUCCUCGAACCCUUGGGAAGAGAACCGGUUCAGCGAGGUUAUUCCUGACUUCGACUUCCCGCCACCGGACCUCAUCGACUCUCUCGUCUCCCUGUACUUCCUCAACAUUAACAACUUCUACCCACUCCUGCAUCAGCCCACCUUCCUCCAGAAGAUCGCCGAGGGCCUGCAUUUCCGCGACUCUGACUUUGGCAGCGUCUUGUUGGCAGUAUGUGCGUGCGGGAGUAGGUGGUCGGACGAUCCGAGGGUGUUGAUGGAAGGCACGCAGAGCCAGCACUCGGCGGGAUGGAAGUGGUUCAACCAGGUACAGAUGGUCCGUAAGAGCUUGCUGGCACCUCCGUGCCUGUAUGAUUUACAGCUGUACACCCUCUCAGUUAUUUUCUUGCAAGGGUCCUCGGCACCCCAAGGGAGCUGGACGAUGGUAGGGAUUGGUCUGCGGUUGGCCCAAGACGUAGGUGCACACAGGCGGAAAGUUUAUAAUCCAAACUUGACUCUUGAAGACGAGCUAUGGAAACGGGCUUUCUGGAUACUGGUCACGCUUGAUCGAAUAUUCAGUUCGGCGUUGGGUCGGCCCUGUGCCAUCCAGGAGGAAGAUUUCGAUCUCGAUAUGCCAGCUGAAUGUGACGACGAGUACUGGGUCGACCCAGAUCCGAAUAAGGCGUUCAAGCAGCCUCCGGAUAAGCCAUCUAAGGUGGCAUACUUUAACAGCUAUCUCAAGCUGAAUCAGAUCCUCGCAUGCGCUCUACGAACUAUUUAUUCCAUCAAUAAGUCAAAGAUGCUACUGGGCUUCGUAGGACAGCAAUGGGAGCAACACAUCGUGGCGGAGCUGGACUCGGCUCUGAAUAAGUGGAUUGACUCCGUGCCGGACCAUCUUCGAUGGGAUCCAGACCGGGAAGACGAAGUGUUUUUCCAGCAGUCGGCGAUGCUCUAUUGCAGUUACUACCACCUCCAGAUCUUGGUUCAUAGGCCAUUCAUCCCCCUCCCACGCAAGCCAUCACCCUUGUCUUUCCCUUCUCUUGCGAUCUGCACCAAUGCGGCGCGGUCCAUGAGUCAUGUGGUGGAUAUACUGCGCAAACGAUCGAAGCAACCGCUUCCUCAGCUAUUAAUGCCCGUGUUCAGUGCAGGCCUGGUGCUGCUAUUGAAUAUCUGGGGAGGCAAGCGGUCCGGCCUAUCCACCGAUCCGGCGAAGGAAAUGGCCGAGGUGCACAAGUGCAUGCAUGUCCUGAAAGCAUGUGAACCAAGGUGGCAUUCCGCAGGGCGGCUAUGGGAUAUUUUGUGCGACCUGGCUUCCGUGGGCGACUUGCCGCUGCCGCAGCCCAGCCCAGCCCCGGGCGGGAAGCGCGAGAGGGAUUCUGACGAGCCAAUCGGGCAUACCGAGUCGCGCUCCCCGAGUUACUCUGGGGACGUCGAGGCCCCGGGCCUGAGCGAUGGGCAGCGCACUAUGGCCGGCACGCGGCGUGUCUCCAAAGAGCAGUCCGCCGUUUCGCCCACAGUGCCCCCAUCGGCUUCGACCUCGACGUAUGCGUCACCGCAAAGCCAGAUUAUGUCGAAUAGCGUGUUCACGCUCCCGAUACACAGCGACGAGCUGGGCCGGCUGCCUCUUCAUCCGAAUUUCGGCGUCCCGGGCCAGGCUGCGGCGCUGCCCGUCCAGGCCCCGUCAUCGUCUAGUGCGGGUGUGUGGUACGGCGGUGACGGCUCGAUUCCUCGGCAGGCUGGUAGUUCCAUGGCGCAGAUGGCGGCGCCGGGCUCCAUGGACACCAUGUCAUCGAUGUUGGGGAUGAGCGAGAUUAUGUUCGACUCACCCAUGUCGGGCUACAGCCCGUUCGUGCAGGGCGAGCCUCCACAGCCUCCGUACCCUGGGAUGCAGUUCACGGAGCUGGGCACGGGUAUGGCGCCGCAACAGCAACAGCAGCCACAGAUGUUCAUGAACGAUGACACGAUCAAUAUGUGGUCAAACGCGCCCACUGGGUUCGAGAUGGACGACUGGGGCACGUACAUUAGUAACGUCUGUGGCCUUUCUCAUCAUCUUCCGGGCGGCCCUGGUGCACCGCCUAGAACGGACGGCGGAUAGAUGAGUUGUAGAGAUGUCAGUCUGGACUUUGCAAUUCCACUGCCACCACUCUCUGUAGCUAUAGCCUAUCGUUCUUCCACUGUUAGACUCACCUCUUCCUCUCGGUUGUCCUCGUCUAUAUUUGUACCUCGUGUAGCUCAAGCUCCAGCUCCUCCUCCAUAUUUAUUACUGUCGGGUUCUUUGCGGAG